UGCUGUGGCCUCCCCCCGGCUGCCAUGCCCUGUGCCAGACGGAAGCAGGGAGCAUAGGGAAGGGGCAGCAUGAAUGGGGGCUGCUGCGCGAGCCCUGCCUCCCGGAGCCCUGGGCGCGCCUCCUACUCCCUGCUGAAGACGCCCCCCUGGGGCUUGAGCUGCUGCUUCGCCCUGCAGCACCUGGCUGUCCAGGCCUCUCUCCUCUGCAUCUUCCACCUGCUCCUGCUCCCAGCGCCCCCCGUCCGGGACCAGAACCGGAACUGGAACGAGCUGCUGGCCCGGAGCCUCUUUGCCUGUGGGGUCUCCACGGCGCUGCAGACCAGCCUGGGUAGCAGGUUGCCUUUGGUUCAAGCGCCAUCGUUCGAGUUCCUGGUCCCCGCCAUGGUGCUGAGCCGCCACAUGCCCCACACGGCCAGGAACGGUACAGACGUGCCGGCUGAGUGUGCUGGGCAGGACUGUGCCGCCCCUGGGAGCUGGAAUCAGUCACUCAGAGAGGUCUCUGGAGCCGUGGUGGUGUCGGGGCUGGUGCAGCUGGCCCUGGGGGUGUCUGGCGUGGGGGGAUGGGUAGCCCAGCGCUGCGGGCCCAUGGUCCUGGCCCCCAGCCUCUCCAUCAUCGGACUGUCUGCCUACAAAGAGGCAGCCCAUUUCUGCUCGGCCAGCUGGGGGGUCGCCCUGCUGCUCGUGCUCCUCGCCAUCCUGUUCUCCCAGCACCUGGGGUCCUGCCGCCUGCCCCUUUGCACGUGGACCUGGGCCAAGGGCAUCUCCGUGGAGACAAGCAUCCCAGCCUUGCGCAUGUUUUCGGUGCUGCUGCCGCUUUGCUGUGCCUGGAUUGUCUGGGGAAUCCUGAGCCACCUUCACGUCCGCUGGGACCUGCUGGGCCCUGCCACGUGGCAGCUGCCCACAGCCAACGGCACCCUCCACUCCCCUUGGGUCCAAGUCCCUUACCCAGGUGAGCGGGAAUGGCCGUCCCUCAGCUCCCGGGCUCUGGGCGUGGGCGUCGCCAUGGGCAUCACUUCCAGCAUGAACUCCGUGGGCUGCUACCUGCUGUGCCCGCGAGCACUGCGGGCCCCCGCCCUUCCUCGGCACGCCUGCAACCGCGGGCUCUGCACGGAAGGGCUGGGCAGCCUCCUUUUGGGGGCGCUGGGGGGCGUGAGUGGCACAGCUUCCAGCAUCCCCAACGCCUGCACCAACAGCCUCACCCAGGCCAGCUCGCGUCACUCCGUGCAAGUGAGUGCGUUGGCAUGUGUGUUCCUGGGCAUGUCCCCCCGGCUGGCAGAGCUCCUCACCACCAUCCCACUGGCGGUUCAUGGUGGGGUGCUCUGCGUGACAUACACCGUUGCUGUCGGCACUGGGAUUUCGUAUUUCCAGUACGCGAACAUCGACUCGGGGAGGAACAUCUUCAUCGUCGGCUUCACCAUGUUCAUGGCGCUGCUGGUGCCGCGGUGGCUCAGCGCGGCCCCCGGAUACGUGGCCACAGGCUGGGUCUGCCUGGACCUUUUCCUCCUCUCUGUGAUGACGGUUCCAGUCUUUUUAACCGGCCUCUUGUCCUUCUUCUUGGAGAACACGGUCUCCGGGACUCUGGAAGAACGAGGGCUGCUCACUGAGCUGGCAGCGUGGAAACCAGGCGUGGGCCAGAACGCUCGUCAAGGGUAUGGGAGCGAAGCCAGCCAGGUGUACGGGCUUCCCCCGGCCAUGAGAAGGCUUCUCCCUCCCUCCAGGUGUAAGGCCUUUCCAUUCUGCUUCCUCUGCCCGGGGAGGGAGGAGAGCCACGCUUUGGAAGAGGGGUCAGCUCCCCUGGGGGAAGCCACAGGCCUGCUGCUGAAACCCAGCGCUAUGGAGGUGGAGUCAGACAGGAAAUGGAGAGAGACCGAGAGGCGCAAAUGGGACAAUGCUGUUUGAUGCUGGGAGCCCUGCUCCGAGGGAGCACGGCUGGGAAACCUUCCCAAGGAACCUGCUCUGCAUCCCGCUGAGGCAGGCACCGGAAGUGACGUGGGUUUCACCCGGUUAUUUUGCUCCCUGCAUUUCAAGCUUGUACCGACUGGAGGAUGCAAUUCCGUCCCACGCUCCCAGCACAGACCUUGUUCCUCCCCAGCUGGGGCUGUAUAAAAAGAUGCAACCAC